AUGGAGGACCCCGCGGAGGCCUUCCUCUGCCCGCCGCUUGACGAUGACUCUCCCGAGACCCAGUUCCGUGAAACCUCGCUAUACAAUCCCAUGGACACAUUCCGGCUACCCCCCGGCGCAGCAAGACACUACCAGCAGCAAUACUCGGACAUCUACUUCCUACGGCUGACAAGACUCAAGCCGGCGGUUGCGGAGGUUGCAAAGGCCGCCUGGGAAGGCUAUAAUAUUGCUGGAGAGUAUGCGCGAAGGGUUGAUCGAGUGCUCGAUGUCCGCCAGGGCAAGCUGUCGUGGAUCGUGGGGACGGUUUACAUGGAUCUUCCGUUAAAACCCAGUAUUAUGGACGACAUCUCUAAAGAGAAUUGGACUGCAGCCCCGGUACCACAAAAGACAUACAACGAUCCUAACAGCAAAAAACCUACCCAGACCAUGGUGGAAGAUGAAUCGGGAAGAUUGGUGCUUACAGGAAGUUUAUUGCAAUCAACCUUCCUAGUUACCGGGGUUGUUGUCGCAGUCCUCGGGACAGAGAACGCAGACGGUCAAUUUGAAGUGGUUGAUAUCAAGGUUCCGGAUAUACCCCCACAGCCUGCGCGAUGGGAGAGAGAGCAGGAACCCACUACAGAUGUCGGUGUACCGGCGAAACGCAAACACAGUGCUCUAGAAGCGGGUGGCAGUGGAUCUGGAAAGAGCAAGAAAAUUGCGUUCGUCAGUGGGUUGGGCAUUACUGGCACUUCUGGGGAUACAGUGGCCCUGUCCCUCCUCGCGGACUACCUCCUUGGUUAUACCGGAACCAUCCCCAGCACGGAUGAUUACACCUCCACCAAUCCCUCUCAGAUUUCACGCCUUAUCAUCGCGGGAAACUCCCUGGGGGCCAAAGUUGCCUCUACCGCCAACGAUGCUGCUAACCCGGAAAAGCGUCAACCAAAAAAAUAUGGCUACGAUGCAUCAGCCUACAACGCCUCACCAAUUACCCUUUUUGACAGCUUUCUCUCUGAUAUACUCCCAAGUAUCCCCGUGACCCUGAUGCCUGGCGAAACGGACCCGGCAAACUUCUCUCUGCCACAACAGGAAAUACACACCGCUAUGCUUCCUCGGUCGAAAGCAUACUGUCCUCCCAUAGCGCCAAAAAGACAGGCCCUACCAUCUGAGCCUGGCUGGCUAGAUAACGUCACAAACCCUUGGGAAGGUGAUAUUGAGGGUUGGAGGUUUUGGGGUACCAGUGGGCAGAAUGUCGAUGAUGUUCUCCGAUACGUCAAUCUCGAAGAAUUAGAGGACGACGAAGUUGAAGAUAUAGAGAAUGGCGCGCGGCUUAAGCUGAUGGAACACUUGCUUAAAUGGCGCUGCGGCGUCCCGACUGCGCCCGACACUAUAUGUAAGUCUCCAUCACAUAGCGCCCACCACGCAGCAGGCUCCAUGCUAACCGUCUAUCCAGGGUGCUAUCCAUACCAGGACAAAGACCCAUUUGUCAUACAAUCGUGCCCGCAUGUAUUCUUCACAGGGAAUCAGCCACGCUUCCAAUCUACUAUUAUCGAAGGUGGUGACUGGGGGACUGCCGAGGACAGCAUCACAAAAGUCAGGCUAAUAGCCCUGCCCAAGUUCCACGAAACCGGAGAGAUAGUCCUGCUAGAUACCGAGACUCUGGCUAUUGAGGUCGUCAAGUUUGGUACUGUAACAAAAGACGGUACCACUGAAAAGGAGGAAGAAAUGCCUGAUGCGUCAUGA